UUCGGAACCCACGCUGAAAUCAUGGCAUUCUUUUGCAUUGGCAAAUAACUCACAAUCCAGAUCUAUGUUUUCUUGAUUUCUAACGCAUAGAAAUCUUUACUCAGAAGCCAUGGGUGACUCUGGCACUGAAGUGAAGGUUUUUGUGCGAAUUCGGCCGACUGCUCACUUCGCUCAGGAACUCAUCGAUUUCUCUCCAGAUGGGCAGACAGUCAAUAUUCAGCAAAAGAGAGAUACUAAAAGAGGGGUGGUGAACAACCAGUUGUGCGCCUGGUCCUUCCGCCUGAGUGGAGUCCUUCAUGAUGUUUCCCAAGAGAACGUAUACAACACGGUGGCACAUGAUGUUGUCAUCGGAGCACUGGAGGGCUACAAUGGAACAAUCAUGUGCUGCGGGCAGACUGGGGCAGGGAAGACCUACACCAUGACAGGAGCCAAUGAGAGCUACAAGCAAAGAGGCGUCAUCCCUAGAGCCAUUCAGCAGGUCUUCGGUGAGGUGGAGAACCGCAGCAACUACUUGUUCACAGUUCACCUGUCCUACAUGGAGAUCUACAAUGAGACACUUGUGGACCUGUUGUCCUCGGUGCGCGGGAGCAAGGCAUCGCCAGGGGGCCUGUCUGUGGUGGAGGAGCCUCGAGGGGCCGUGUCUGUCAAGGGCCUCUCCUUGCACCUGGUCCACAACGAGGAGGAGGCCCUCAACCUGCUCUUUGAGGGGGAGAUGAACCGCAUUAUCGGAUCACAUGCCAUGAACAAGAACUCAUCCAGGUCCCACUGCAUAUUCACCAUUUACAUUGAGUCUCGCUCCCGCACUUACUCAGAGGCCAGGUACGUCACCUCCAAACUGAACCUCGUGGACUUGGCUGGAUCAGAGAGACUGGGCAAAACUGGGUCGGAGGGUCAGACGCAGAAGGAGGCCAUGAGCAUCAACAGGUCCUUGUCCUUCCUGGAGCAGGCCAUCCUGGCGCUGGCUGACAGGCGGAGGGAGCAUGUGCCCUUCAGGCAGAGUAAACUCACCCACGCCCUCCGAGACUCUCUGGGGGGCAACUGUAAAACAGUCCUGGUAGCCAACGUCUAUGGUGAGGCCGGCCAGAUCGAUGAAACACUGUCCACACUGAGGUUUGCCAGCAGGAUGAAGUGUGUCAAGACGGAGCCUGCCGUCAACGAACACAUAGACCCUGUAGUGCAGAUGAAGACACUACAGAAGGAGAUACAGCUUCUGAAGCUGGAUCUGGCUUCCAACAACAACGUGCCAAACCGGAUAACAACAGCCACUGAGACGAUCACAGAGACACAGAUGGCAGAGAUUCAAGACCAGGUGCAACGAUUCCUGGAUGGCAGUCUGGAAGAGAUCAGUAUUGUGAACAUCAGACAGGUGAAGGAAGUGUUUAAACAGUUCAAGUUGGCUCUUCAGCAACAGGAGCAGAAAGUCCGAGAGGAGCUGAGUCAGAACUACAACCUGGUGGAGAAAACCCAGAACAACCAGGGAGCCCUCCCAGCCAAGGCGAAAGGCUCCCAGGGCACGGCUGGGGAGAUGGACGGCCAUGGCUUUGGGGUGGGGGUGGCCUCCUCGCCCCAGAGGAAUAUCGACGGCCAGGUCUCCGGCAGGAGCAAGACCAGGAAAGCCAAAGACAACCAAGGUGGCAAGCAGGCGGACGGUAAAGCUGCGACUACCCGCAGGAGUUUGGAAGCUCUCAUUCAGGAGCAGCAGGCGGCAGCAUCUCCUCGUCCCUCACAAGGAGUCAAAGAGUCGCCGCCACCUAAGGGCGAGGCCUUUGAGAGCUUCAAGGCGGAGCGGGGGAGCGAGCUGAACCGCAUCCUGCGGGACAACAAGGCCGUGCUGAGCCAACGCCGGAACCGCCUGCGCCAGCUCACCGACAGCGUCAACACCACCAAGCGGCAUAUCGACCAGACUGCCACCGCCCUGCGACAGAGCCAGGAGAGGAGGAACAGCCAGGGUCACUUUGUGGGCUCGGAGGGGGAGCCGGUUCUGGACGAGACGGAGGUGGGCCUGGUGCUGAAGCUGCGCGACCUGAAGGCCCAGUACCGCCAGGACUACCAGGAGCUGGGCAGCACCCGGGCAGAGGUCAACUACUGCCAACACCUGGUGGACCAAUGCCGCAUACGUCUGCUCACAGAGUUCGAGAGUUGGUACAGUGAGUCCUUCCUGCUGCCAGAGGAGGUGAAGGAGGUGCUGCGGACAGGAGGCAGCAUCCCACCAGGCCUGAUACCUGUGGAGAAAGCCCUCGCCCUGGAGGAUGACGAGCAGGAUCACUUUGAGCGCAUGCGUUACAAGAUGCUGUCAGAGAACCCAAGUGCUUUCUCAUUCUACAACGCCCAUCUGCAAACAGCGAAGAGGAGGAGCGGUAAAGGAGUCCAACGUGAAAGCCCCAGACGAAACUGCACCGCUGUCAGCAAAAUGAAGUUGCCCCCCAUCCUCUCCGUCAGUUAGAGGAGGAAGGGGGCGUGAGUGACCCCUCUGCUACUCAUGCAGAUGCACGCCCACCCUCAUUAUCCUCACUGGACUUGUUCAUUCCACUCAAUACGGCACACAUGUACCACUUUAUCAACCACUCGAAUAGCCUUGAACUUAUGAAAUAUAGCAUUGAUACCACUCACUGUA